AUGGCAGAAGAGUUUCCAUCUGCAGAGGUCAUUGGGACAGACGUUGCGCCGACGCAACCUGACUGGGUACCACCAAAUUGUCACUUUGAGGUCGACGAUAUUGAAAGAGAAUGGACAUGGAAAGAAGAUAGCUUUGACUUCGUUUAUGCCCGAGAUCUUCUGCUAGCGAUUCGAGAUUGGCCAGCUCUGAUUGACCAAACAUACACACAUCUUCGAGGAGGCGGCUGGGUCGAGUUCCAAGCCAUCGUCGGCGUUCUCGGCUGCGACGACGACUCCAUCCCCGAAGACAGCUACCUCCGCAAAUUCUCGACAAUGAUGGAGCAGGGCUCCGCGAAAUUCGGUGCCAGUUUGACUGAUCCAAUGCGAUGGAAGGGCUGGUUUGAAGAACGCGGGUACCAGAAUGUCACAGAGCGAGUUUUCAAGCUUCCUUUCAACCCGUGGCCUAAGGAUCCGCGUAUGAAGCUCCUGGGGGCUUGGGAGAUGGAGAAUCUGCUAAGUGGUCUGGAAGCCAUGGUUACGAGGAUGUUUCAGAAAGGUCUUGGAUGGACGGAUGCUGAAGUCACCGUCUUCCUUGCAUUUUUGAGAAAGGAAAUUAAGAAUCCUAGGAUGCAUGGGUACUGGCCUUACUACGUUGUUUACGCUCAGAAGCCAAAAGAGGACUCAUAA